AGUGAAGAGUGUCUGUUCUGCUUCUUCCCUUCCCCUGCGGCUUUGCCGGUUAAGAGCGUCUUGUGCUUCCUUCCCAAAAUGGCCUCUUUUCCCUCUCUUUUCCUUCUCCUCUCCCUAGCCCUUCUCCUCUCCUCUCACUGCAAUGCCAAACGCGGCACCUCCUCCCACCACCGCCACCCCCGCUCCGCCUCCCACAACUACAGAGACGCCCUCACCAAAUCCCUCAUCUUUUUCGAGGGCCAGAGAUCGGGAAAGCUCCCUCCCAAUCAGAGAAUCACUUGGAGGAAAGAUUCUGGCCUCUCAGAUGGCGCUGCAAUGCACGUUGAUUUGGUGGGAGGAUACUACGAUGCAGGGGACAAUGUUAAGUUCGGAUUUCCCAUGGCUUUCACUACGACGAUGCUCUCGUGGAGUGUGAUCGAGUUCGGAGGCCUAAUGAAGGGGGAGCUGCAGCACGCCAAGGAGGCCAUCAAGUGGGCAACUGACUAUCUCCUCAAAGCCACAGUUCAUCCUGACACCAUCUAUGUGCAGGUAGGAGAUGCUGGCAAGGAUCACGCUUGUUGGGAGAGGCCUGAGGAUAUGGACACACCAAGGAGUGUGGUCAAGAUUGACAAGAACACCCCCGGCACUGAGGUUGCUGCUGAGACAGCUGCUGCUCUUGCUGCUGCUUCCUUGGUUUUCCGGAGGAGUGAUCCUAAUUACUCCAAGGUUCUUGCACGAAGGGCUAUUCGGGUUUUCGAGUUUGCUGAUAAGCACCGGGGCGCAUAUAGUAAUGGUCUGAGGCGUUACGUGUGCCCUUAUUACUGUGAUUUCUCCGGCUUUCAGGAUGAGCUGCUGUGGGGUGCUGCUUGGCUGCACAGAGCCACGAGAAACCCGACUUAUCUCAGCUACAUUAAGGCGAACGGACAGACACUUGGAGCCGAUGAAACUGACAACACAUUUGGUUGGGACAACAAGCAUGUUGGAGCUAGAAUCCUUAUCUCCAAGGCUUAUCUCGUCCAAAAUGUCCAGCCUCUCCAUGACUACAAAAGCCAUGCUGAUAACUUCAUUUGCUCUCUGCUCCCAGGAACACCCUACUCUUCUGCUCAAUACACCCGUGGUGGUCUGUUGUUCAAGAUGAAUGAUAGCAAUAUGCAGUAUGUGACAUCCACUUCCUUCCUUCUCGUGACGUACGCCAAGUACUUGACCACGUCGCACAGGGUUGUGAACUGUGGUGGCGCCACCGUCACUCCGAAGAGGCUCCGUGCAUUCGCCAAGAAACAGGUGGACUACUUGCUAGGAGACAAUCCGAUGAAAAUGUCGUUCAUGGUGGGGUACGGUUCGAGAUAUCCUAUGCGCAUCCACCAUAGGGGUUCGUCCCUCCCUUCCGUUAAUGUUCAUCCAUCGAAGAUCCAAUGCUCCUCCGGCUUCUCGGUCAUGAGCUCACAAUCUCCGAACCCUAACAUCCUAACUGGGGCAGUCGUUGGAGGGCCGGAUCAGAAUGAUCGCUUCCCGGAUCAACGCGACGAUUACGAGCAAUCGGAACCCGCUACCUACAUCAAUGCACCCCUAGUUGGAGCAUUGGCUUAUCUUGCUCACUCAUUUGGCCAACUAUAGACAAUGCCAAAUUCACUAGUCUAAGGCUUCUUUUCAAUUUUAAGGUUUCAUCUCAAAUUAGUAGUACUAACUAGUAGUAGUAUCUGUGUAAGUUAAGGUUUUAGUGGGCUGCAAGAAAUGUACUACUGUGUGUUCUAUUUGUGCACGGUGGGGCCCAUGUCUGAAGUUAUUAAGAUUUUAAUUACGAGUGUGAAUUGAAUAGAAGCAUGGAAUGAAGGUUUUGAUUAA